CAGAAGCAAAUUCAUAGUGCGGACUUUUAGUCUCUGAGGCUGCGACUGCGGCUGCGACUGCGGCUGCGACUGCGGCGGCGACUGCGACUGCGGCUAAUAAAUGUUGAAAAGGGCAUUAGGCACUUGGGCCAAUAUGUUGGCAAUGCAAUUGACAGUUAAGAGGAUUUUCAAUUGAUGCAAAAUGCCGCUACAUGGGCUGACCUUUAAUCAAUGCCAAGAGCACACACACACACACACACUAAUACACUAACACACUUGAUGGAUGACAUUGUGCAAUCAGAAACGCAAUCGCAGUCGCCAUCAAACUGUUGCUUCUCUCCAAGCCCAACACACACACCAACACACACACACACACACACGUGCGUGUUUAUAAUCUAAAUUGAUUAAGAGCACAACUGAACAAACGAAUGAAUGCAGUUUAGGUUAAUCAAUCAAUUUGCUAUCAACAAUUGAAUGACAACGAACAGCGAGCAACGAGCAACUGUUGCAACUGCAACUGCAACGUAGCCAGUUAAUGGAUGCGGCCUCUGACCUUUAAAGAUUUAUGCAAUUUUAUUCUAACGGCAUUGAGUGCAUAUUUAUUAUGGCUGAGGAUAUGCAAACAACUUUCAAUGAUUUGUCUUUGCCCAAAUUGAGCAGUCAAGACGAAGAAGGGGGGGCUGGUCAUGGCUUUGGUGGCGGACCGCAACACUUUGAACCCAUUCCUCAUGAUCAUGAUUUCUGCGAGAGAGUCGUUAUAAAUGUAAGCGGGUUAAGGUUUGAGACACAACUGCGUACGCUAAAUCAAUUCCCGGACACACUGCUUGGGGAUCCAGCUCGGAGAUUACGGUACUUUGACCCGCUUAGAAAUGAAUAUUUUUUUGACCGUAGUCGUCCGAGCUUCGAUGCGAUUUUAUACUAUUAUCAGAGUGGUGGCCGACUACGGAGACCGGUCAAUGUCCCUUUAGACGUAUUUAGUGAAGAAAUAAAAUUUUAUGAAUUAGGUGAUCAAGCAAUUAAUAAAUUCAGAGAGGAUGAAGGCUUUAUUAAAGAGGAAGAAAGACCAUUACCGGAUAAUGAGAAACAAAGAAAAGUCUGGCUGCUCUUUGAGUAUCCAGAGAGCUCGCAAGCCGCCAGAGUUGUAGCCAUAAUUAGUGUAUUUGUUAUAUUGCUAUCAAUUGUUAUAUUUUGUCUAGAAACAUUACCCGAAUUUAAGCAUUACAAGGUGUUCAAUACAACAACAAAUGGCACAAAAAUCGAGGAAGACGAGGUGCCUGACAUCACUGAUCCUUUCUUCCUUAUAGAAACGUUAUGUAUUAUCUGGUUUACAUUUGAACUAACUGUCAGGUUCCUCGCAUGUCCGAACAAAUUAAAUUUCUGCAGGGAUGUCAUGAAUGUUAUCGACAUAAUCGCCAUCAUUCCGUACUUUAUAACACUAGCGACUGUUGUUGCCGAAGAGGAGGAUACAUUAAAUCUUCCAAAAGCGCCAGUCAGUCCACAGGACAAGUCAUCGAAUCAGGCUAUGUCCUUGGCAAUAUUACGAGUGAUACGAUUAGUUCGAGUAUUUCGAAUAUUUAAGUUAUCUAGGCAUUCGAAGGGUUUACAAAUAUUAGGACGAACUCUGAAAGCCUCAAUGCGGGAAUUAGGUUUACUUAUAUUUUUCUUAUUUAUAGGCGUCGUACUCUUCUCAUCAGCGGUUUAUUUUGCGGAAGCUGGAAGCGAAAAUUCCUUCUUCAAAUCCAUACCCGAUGCAUUUUGGUGGGCUGUCGUUACCAUGACCACCGUUGGAUAUGGUGACAUGACACCCGUUGGCGUUUGGGGCAAAAUUGUGGGAUCAUUGUGUGCCAUUGCUGGUGUACUGACAAUCGCACUUCCCGUACCGGUUAUCGUCAGUAAUUUCAAUUACUUCUAUCACCGCGAAACGGAUCAGGAGGAGAUGCAGAGCCAAAACUUUAAUCAUGUUACUAGUUGUCCAUAUUUGCCAGGUACAUUAGUAGGUCAACACUUGAAGAAAUCAUCAUUGUCCGAGUCCUCAUCGGAUAUGAUGGAUUUGGAUGAUGGUGUCGAGUCAACGCCAGGAUUAUCCGAUGCGCAUACUGGACGGGCGACGGCAGCUCCAUUUUUAGGAGCAACCACCUCAACACAGCUGCAUUGGCAGCAGCCACAGCAGCAGCCGCAGCAACAGAAACAGGAGCAGCAGCAACAGUUGCAAAUGCAGCUGCAAGCACAGACGCCGCAGCAGCAGCAGCAGCAGCAACAAAAUGGCUACAAGCAGCCAUUGGCAACAAUAAGUGUCAGUGCGGCAACGGGCAGUGCUGGCAGCAGUCUUACCAUGAGGCACAAUAAUGCCUUGGCCGUUAGCAUCGAGACCGACGUUUGACUACUGGUUAAAAUGGAUGUUAAGUGGUAUAUUAUUGGCCUUGUCAAGUGUUACGUUGGAUGCCAGAAACGACUACAAAUGCUGUUUAUAAGUUUACUUUAAGUAGAAACCAAAUAACAAACAAAUUGAAAAAAAAAAGAAAAACAAAAACAAAGAAAAC